UCGAUUUCACGUGUUGCACGUGUGAUUUGUUUAUGUUUUAAUUUUUGCAUAAAAAACGCAAGAUUUGGUCUAAAAUGGAGAGUGUAAUUAAGGAAACGUCGGCUGAAGUGUCGCCAAAUGGAGCACAACCAAUGGAGACAGCCGUAGAGCAAUCAGAUGCUGAAAAAGCAGCAAGCAACGAUGUGACCGUGGAAAAAACCGGCGAGGAGUACGCCUAUUUGGAGCGGAAUGAGUUCACAUCGGAAAUAUACAAAAUAGAAGUGAAGAAUAUGGGCUACUUUGGCAUUGGUGAGUUUAAAAAGCUGCUGAAGAACACCUUGAAGCUGGACAUGACGAAAAUCAAGUCUCCCACCAGAAAGGAGUUUGCUUUUGUUUGCUUUCGCACGCAGGAGGAUCAGCAGAGAGCCUUGGAAACACUGAAUGGGUACAAGUGGAAAGGCAGAGUGUUAAAGGCGCUGGCAGCAAAGGCCUCCGCCGAUCCGCUGCAGAAAAAGCGAGCGGCUGAAGGCGCCAGCGAUGGCAAGCCCAAACGUCAACGCACAGCCGUAGAGGCCACCUGCCCGCUGGCGGGCAUCAGCUACGAUGAGCAGCUGCAGCAGAAAUCGGAGGAAAUGUCCACCCUGCUGCGGAAAUAUACCCAAGAACUGAGGAAGCUUAAUCCCCAGGCCAAGCCGCAUUUGGACAACUUUAAAUUUGACAAAGUUCUGCCCUCUCCAACGGUGAAUGGCUACAGAAACAAGAACGAGUUUACGGUGGGCAAAAACUCUGAGGGCGAAGUCGUGGUGGGAUUCCGCUUGGGCAGCUACAGCGAUGGAUCUGUGGAGGUGGCGGCGGUACAGGAUCUGCCGCACCUACCCGACCAGGCAAAAUGGGCGGCGCAGAGUUUUCAAAAGCUUGUGAGGCAAUCAAAAUUUCUGCCCUUCAAUCCAGAUGGCAAUGUGGGACACUUCAGGCAGCUGAUGGUGCGCUGUUCGAGUGCCACGGGCGAGCUGAUGCUAGUGGCGGGCAUCUACUCCUCCAAUCUAAGUGAAGACGAACAGCGGGAACUAAAGCAGGAGCUAAAGUCCUUCUAUGAGAAAGUGGAGCCGGAUGCAAGUGCCUUCAAGUGCACUUCCCUCUACUAUCAAGAUGUCAAGCAUCGUGAGGCUGGGCAGAUGGUGAACCCCGUCGACCAUUUACUGGGCACCACCCACAUCACAGACACCAUUCAGGGUCUACAGUUUCGCAUCAGUCCGCUGGCCUUUUUUCAAAUCAACACCGAAGGAGCCAAUGUGCUCUAUCAGCAGGCCAUUGAUCUGGUGGCUCCCACCAAGGACACAACCAUGCUGGACAUUUGUUGCGGCACUGGCACCAUAGCACUGGCCUUUGCCAAGCACUGCAAGCGGGUCCUGGGCGUGGAAAUCGUACCCGAUGCCAUCAAGGAUGCUCAGUUCAAUGCCGAAGCGAAUGGAAUUGAUAACUGCAAGUUCUUUACGGGCAACGCGGAUGACUUUAUCAAGACCAUGGUGCGGGAGGCGAUGUAUGAGGAAGAGCCAGGCAAGCCAGUGGAUUUGAUAGCCGUGGUGGAUCCACCAAGAGCGGGACUGCAUAAUCGUUCCAUUGCCGCCAUACGUUCGGCGAGUGCCAUCAAUCGUCUGGUGUAUGUCUCCUGCAAUCCAAACAGCGCCAAGCGCAACUUCAUCGAGCUGGCCAGACCCGAGUCCAAGCACUACAAGGGUGAACCCUUCUAUCCGAAAUCAGCUGUGGCCGUCGACAUGUUCCCCCACACAGCGCACACGGAGCUGGUCAUUCUGUUUGAGCGUGAGCCCAGGACAAAGACAGAUGAAAACGCACCGCCAGCAGAGGCUGUAGAGGCGUCGGCGUCAGCAGCCACAGAAUCAUUGAAGACUGAAACCACAACUAAAGUAAACAUUGAGACGGACACGGAGACGCUAUCAACUGCGUGAUGUGGGUGUUGCAUGGGGCGGCACGAUGUACAGUUGGCUCAAAUGUCACUCUCGCGAUUCUCGCAAUCACCUCGACAGCCAAACGAUGCCUCAUUCUCGCUUAUCUGCAACGGGAUGUUGUCAUCCCAUCCAUCCAUCAUUGUCUCUUUGUGCUGCUCGCGACUGUGGCAGCGGCAGCGGCAGCGGC